GCGGAGCACCGAGGCUUCCGACCGUAGCUCACUUCCGGCCCCUGGGCCGCUGACGCUCUCUUCCGGUCUUGGUGGCCCCCGAAAGGCCUGUGGGGUGCGCACGAUGAGGCUGCUGGUAUCGGUGUUGUUGGCCCUGUUUGCUGUCAGUCAUGCAGAGGACGGAGCGCGGCUGCUGGCCUCCAAGUCACUGCUGAACAGAUACGCCGUGGAGGGGCGAGACCUGACCUUACAGUACAGCAUCUACAAUGUCGGCUCGAGCGCUGCGUUAGACGUGGAGUUAUCUGAUGAUUCCUUCCCUCCGGAGGACUUUGGCAUUGUCUCCGGAAUGCUCAAUGUCAAAUGGGACCGGAUUGCCCCCGCUAGCAACGUCUCCCACACCGUGGUCCUGCGCCCGCUCAAGGCCGGCUAUUUCAACUUUACCUCGGCAACUGUUACUUACCUGGCCCAGGAGGAUGGGCCCGUCGUGAUUGGCUUUACCAGCGCCCCUGGACAGGGAGGAAUCCUGGCUCAGCGGGAGUUUGAUAGGAGAUUCUCCCCGCAUUUUCUGGACUGGGCGGCCUUCGGAGUCAUGACGCUGCCGUCCAUCGGCAUCCCCCUGCUGCUGUGGUACUCCAGCAAGCGGAAGUACGACACUCCCAAGACCAAGAAGAACUGAGGGGUUUCCUCGGCCCUCCCCGCCCAGGAGAUCCAGGUGCUUUCCAGACUCCAGAGGGUCUCUCAAGUGCGGUCUCUCAUCCCCUAGCCCCUGCCACCUUCUGGAUCCUGCCUGCUCUCAACCAGAGUGAAGGACCAGGCCUCGGAGUCCAUCCUGAAGCCCUACAGGCAGGAAUGCCUCUAGCAACGAGCCUCGAGCCUCGAGGGCCCUUUGGUGCCCGCUGCAGCGCUGCAGUGUGAACUCGGAGGUGCGCAGGAGGGGGCGCUCGGGAGACUGCCGGGAGACUGCCGGGAGACUGCCCGACUCGACCCUCAUCCCUGCCCUCCCCUCUCGGAAGAGGCUGGAAGAUCAGGUGAAGGCUGAGGGACUCUCAGAGGCUACCCAGUCUCUGUUCUGGGUCGGGGGAGUGCUGACCAGAUGGGGUUUUCUAAUAAAAACAGAUGCCACGCUGAC